AUUGACGCGAAAGAAACGCGCGCGCAUGUGUGAGCGAAUCGCAAGAUUUGUCUUUUGUUUGCAAAGAUCUCGUCGUCGACUCCAGUAGUCGUCCGUUGGUGGUUGAUUGGAAGACCUGUGCGAAGUGUGCGAAACGAAAGCGAGAAUGUUGUCCAAACUGGUCGAGGAAUUCAACGGCCUUAGUCCGUCCAGGCAGGCCUUACUGGUGGCGGCCGGCGUGGGAACGGUAGCCGUUGGAGCGGUUGGGGCUUAUCAGAUCAAGAAGAGGAUCGAAAACACUCCGCCGAAGAUAUGGCGCCGAGCUGGAGAGAUCAACGAGAUCUACGUGUUCCCGAUCAAGUCCUGCGCUCCGAUCCGGAUUAGUCGGGUCAAUUGUUCCGAUCUGGGACCACAGCGGAACAUGUUGCGCGAUCGGAUCUUCAUGGUGACGAAUCUGGAGGGCAAAUGGGUCACGGCGAGGCAGAAACCGAAGAUGGUGCUGAUUCAACCGCAGUUCGACGAUGGAUUCAAGCAGAUGACUUUAUCUGCGCCGGGUAUGGAUGACAUAACGAUCCAGAUUGGAAGAUUGUUCGAACAACAAUCGAUCAAGGGAGUGGUCUGGGGUGAAACGGUUCCAACGGUGGACUGCGGAGAUGAGGUAGCCAAGUGGUUGUCGACGUAUUUGCUGGAUAAGCCGGAAGGCUACCGGCUGAUGUUUUAUCCAUUGGAUAAGACUUCUCGGAAAAGAAGCGACGAGGAUACGGGAGCGCUACAGGAUGAAACCAGUUACAUGCUGUUCAACACGGCGACAGUGGAGGAUUUGAACACCCGACUGGAUCAGAAGGUUUCUGUGCUGCAGUUUAGACCGAACUUCGUGGUCAAGGGUCCGCCAGCCUACGCGGAAGAUGAUUGGCGAUGGGUGAAGAUCGGAAGCACGGUGUUCAAGUACGUGAAGCCAUGCUUGAGAUGCGUGUUUACGAAUAUUGAUCCGCAGAAGGGUACCAGCAGUGCGGAGGGGCAGCCGUUGAAGACACUGAAAAGCUAUCGACGAAAACCGGAGUUUGGAGAGUCACCUGCAUUUGGUAUCCAUCUAGGUUUGAGAAUUCCUGGUGACGUUAGCCUUGGAGAUCCAGUGUACUAUGGAUGAUUUUAGUUUGUGUUAUUUUAUAAAAUAAAUUGUUAAAUUGUUAUA